AUGUCCGCGACUAAAUCUAUAACAAAAGCCAGAAGAUCUAAAAAGCAUAAAAAAAUAAAAUUAGUUCCGACCGCGGAUGACGAUGGUAAUGUUAGUUAUCCUGACCCAGCGUUGAGAUCAAAACGAGAUUUCGACUUAAAGCCAAAAUCACUCAAGCAAGAAUAUUCUGGUAAAGUUCAGGAAAUUGCAAAGUUGAAGUCUGAUUUAGUAGAACAUUUGAAAAAUCCUAAACGAAACAGAAAUAAAUAUAAACAAGUUGAGCACAAGUCUGAGAAUGAGCCCGAAUUCAAGAGAAGGAGAAACGAGUCGGAUGAAAAAUUUAUGAGAAGAGUCGACUGGGAAACCUCUGCUUACUUACAAAAGGUCAACAUGGAGGAAAAAUUCAAGGUUAAUGAUAUCAAAGAGGUUCUGUUAGAUCCAAAAAUGAGGAAGAAAAAAGAUGGGACAGAUGGCAGUCGGCACGCUAAGAAGAUGAUGCGACUUAAGACAAAGAAGAAUAAACUGAAGGAGAAAAAAUUGAAGGAGAAUGAGGAUCAGAUGUCUGGCUUUGAUAAAUUAAAAGACAAAGUGGAAUUCGGUGAAGUAGCUAUGAAACCACCAUCACUGCAGUCUAAAGAUCAUAAUAGCUUAAGUUUGAAAAAAAUUGUUUUUGUCUUACAUUACCAGCAAAGAAACAAAAAUCUUCUCCUGUAUAAAAUGUUCCAGAAUGACGUCAUCCCUAAAAAGUCGAUGGAGACGACGAAAAGUUUGAGCGUAGAUAGGCAGAUGGCCAUUGAUUUCUACAGGAAGAUGAAAUCUGAUAAAUACGUCAACCAUUUUAAGAGUGGAUUUACAUGA